AUGGCCAUUACUGUCAUAAACAAUCAAAUAAUAAGAAAUGUUCAGCGGUGCCCUCAGAGCAUUCCAAGAGAUAACUUCUUGUUUGCCCUCAAUGAUACAUGUAUUGAGCUGAUACGUAACGAACACUCCUGGUAUGAUGCUAGACGACAUUGUACACAGCAUCACGGCGACUUGGUGGUGAUACAAGACAUGGCAAAACAACAAAUUAUCAUGAAUGCCUUAAAAACAUCUGGGUGGGUUAAACAUGGUAUCUGGAUUGGUGGCACUGAUAGCGAAAGGGAAGGACACUGGAAGUGGGUCAAUGGACAAACAAUGACCUGGGGUAACUGGAAGAGAGGUCAAGGACCAGGAAACAGAGGGUUUCUUUUCUCAAGUGGAACAUUGGAAGAUUGUGCUGUGAUUCGCAAAGAUGAUGGAUAUAAAUGGCAUGACUACGCCUGCAACCUUCCACAAUAUCAUUACGGCAGUAUAUGCGAAUACAAUUUUAUACCAUCAACUUAUAGACCAACUACUCAAAUAUCGACAACACCUGCAUCAACAACUCAGUCAUCGACAACAACGUUGGCAACUUCACAGACAUCGACAACACCUGCUCCAACUACUCGAAUAUCGACAACACCUUCACCAACUACUCAUACAUCGACAACACCUUCACCAACUACUCACACAUCGACAACACCUGCACCAACUACUCAUACAUCGACAACACCUUCACCAACUACACACACAUCGACAACACCUGUACCAACUACUCAUACAUCGACAACACCUUCACCAACUACUCACACAUCGACAACACCUGCACCAACUACUCACACAUCGACAACACCUGCACCAACUACUCACACAUCGACAACACCUUCACCAACUACUCACACAUCGACAACACCCCCACAAACUACUCAGAAAUCAUCAACAGAAUUAACAACUACUUACACAUCGACAAAACCUGCACCAACAUCUCAAACAUCGACAACACCUGCACCAUCUACCAAGACAUCGACAACACAUGCAUCAACUACUCAGACAUUGAGAACACCUGUACCAACUCCUCAGACAUCGAGAACAACAUAUACACCUACUCAGACAUCGACAACACCUGCUCAAACUACUACCUCAGUAACGACCUCAUCAACAACAUUAAAAACUACAACCCCUGUUCAAGCAACGUAUGUGCCUUCGACGUUAACUGCAAAAGUUAUUUCAGCUGCACCAUCAACAACUAAGUCUCAUGUUACGUCAACUCUAGAAACGCCUCAUUCGGCAAAACCUUUCCACACAUUGCGAACAACGAAAACUAAGUCGACUUUGUUAUCGACACCUAUUCCAAUAAUGAGACAGACGAAGACUGCUGCCACAACUACUAAAGAAAUGAAGAAAACGACGACUAGGCCAACUAUUCAACUAACUACACAACUAGUCAACAAUCAAGGCGGUCUCUUAAGACGCAGUGAUACUGAUCAGAAACCAACAAACAAGUCAAAUAAAGGUUACAUCAUUGGCGGAGUUUGUGUGGCAGCUGUUGUAGCAGGUAUUAUCGUUGCAGUGUUUGUCAUCAGGAGGAGAAGGCUAUCCUCCAAUGAUGCAAACAGAAAAGUUCAUGGAGCAGAAAAUCCUAUGUAUAGUGUUAUGUAUGACGAUACAUCAGUACCACCAGUAGGUGCUGAUAUUCAGAUUAAUGAUAUGUAUGAACCGACAAAGUAUUUUACGAAUGGAGAAUCCAUGUCUUAAUCUGUAUUAAACAAUGUAAACUAGAUCUGCAUAAAUAAUUGAAUAGUUGAAUUGAAUGAGUGCUAAGUUAUCUAAUAUUUGUAUGCUUGUUUCGUUUUAUAUGAGUAUCAUUUUGCGUAUUUAUGUAUUAUUGGUUCUGUAACCAUCAUUUCUUACAUAUGUUUUUAUAUUCUGGUUUAUGU